AUGUGGAGUGGAGGGCCCACCGAUAAUCUCGCUUGGUUUAGUGAAUUCCCAAAUUGGUUGGAGUAUAUUGUAGCAAAAGAUGCAGCAUUUUGUUUAUGUUGUUAUCUAUUCAAACUCGAUAUUGGAAAUCAAGCUGGUAGUGAUUCUUUUGUUGGUGAGGGUUUCUCAAAUAGGAAGAAAAAAGAAAAAAUUCAGGCUCAUGUUGGAGGUCUCAAUAGUGCUCAUAAUCAAGCUUCAAGUAAAUGUCAAGACUUGUUAAACCAAAAUCAACAUAUUCAAACAAUUUUUUUCAAGCAAUCUGAUCAAGCUCGAAUUGAGUAUCGAACUCGUUUGAAUGCAUCGGUUAAUUGUGUCAAAUUUCUUCUAAGACAAGGACUUACGUUUCGUGGGUAUGAUGAAUUUGAAAAUUCAAGUAACCAAGGAAAUUUUCUUGAACUUAUCAAUUUUCUUGCUAAUCAUAAUGAAGAUGUCAUAGUGGUUGCAUUUAGCAAUGCUCCACAAAAUCUCAAGUUGACAUCUCCUGAUAUUCAAAAAGAUAUUGUAAAUGUAGCCGCAUUUGAAGCUAUCAAUGUGAUUAUUAGAGAUCUUGUGAUUAAUGUGCUUGAAAUGAUUUUGGAGAAUGGUUCAAAUUCAGAACAACGAGUAGAAGCAAAUGUAUUGUUGGACUCAAUUCAAUCAUUUGAGUUUGUAUUCAACCUUCAUUUGGUGAAAACGAUAUUAGCUAUUACAAGUGAGUUAUCGCAAGCACUACAAAGGAAAGAUCAAAAUAUUGUUAAUGCCAUGAAUUUAGUUCAAAUUUCUAAAGUACGGCUCCAAAAGAUGAGGAAGAGUGGGUGGACAUCUUUACUUGAUGAUAUUUUGUGUUUUUGUGAAAAACAUGAAAUUGAUGUUCCCCAAAUGGAUGAUAUGUUUAUAGCUCGAGGGAGAAAAAGGCACAAUGCUCAAGAAAUUACAAACUUACAUCACUAUCGCGCUGAGUUAUUCUACAUUGCUUUAGAUAUGCAAACUCAAGAACUAAAUGCUCGUUUCACUGAGUCGAACACUAAGUUGUUACUUUGUGUGCCAUGUUUAAAUCCAUCUAAUCCUUUCUCUAGUUUUUACAAGAAAAAGUUAAUUCAUCUUGCCGAAUUUUAUCGCAAAGAAUUUUCUUCAGUGGAGCUCAAAGUACUUAAUGAUCAACUUGAUAUAUAUAUUAUCGACAUGCUACCUAGUAGUGAGUUAUCAAGGUUGAAUGAAAUUGCUGAUCUUGCUAAGAAAAUGGUGGAGACUGGAAGAGACAAAAUAUAUCCAUUAGCGUAUUUGCUCUUGACUUUAGCAUUAAUCUUGCAUGUUGCAACUGCUAUUGUAGAGAGAGUAUUUUUAGCUAUGAAUAUUGUGAAGAAUCGGUUGCAGAACCGAAUAGGUGAUGAGUGGAUAAAUGAUAAAUUGGAGAUUGUGGAUUUAUUAAUUGAGAGGGGGUGGAGAGUGAGUAAUAAGGACAUUGCUAAAUUUGAGAUGUCAAUGUCAAUGUCAAUGUCAACGUCAAAUUCAAGUAUGGGCAGCAUUAAUGAAGUUAGAUUCGACAACUGCAAUUGUCGAUGUGGCAGCAAAACUAUGCUUAAUUUGAAGGUGGUCGAGAAUGAUAUUCUUGAAGAAUGA